CUCAGACAGAGAGAGAGGGGGCGCCGUUCAACUGCUUCUUCUGCCUCGUCAGCGAGAGAGGAGCGCGAUCAGGAAAAAGGGGAGCCAUUAGGAGGAGAUCAACAAUCAUGGCGGCAUGAUGCAGCCGUGACGGCAAGGGCAGAUAAAGUGAUCCGAGUUUGUUUUGAAUCUUGUUUUGCAAAGAAUACUGAAUAGCUUGGAGAGGGGUGAGGUUGAGUGAUCAAAUCUGCUGAAGGCAUCGCCAUGGCGCAGGCGGGUUGCGUCCCCUUGGCGGACCACGCCCUCUCGAGCCGCCUCACGAGUCACAGCGGGGCAAGCUCGAGCGGGGCCUCAGAUGGUCUGUCUUUCAGCGCUCGCGUGUCCUCUGGGCCCCAAUUUUACAGGUCUUGCGGUCCAAACCCGUUGUCUCAACCGUUGCAAAGUAGGAAGAGGGGUGUGUCCUUGCGGAAGGGGUACUGCCAGGCUCGUUGGGAGCAGGAGAAUUUGCACGACGAGUUGCAUAGCCGCCUGAGAAGUUUCACAGAGGAGAGACCAGGGAGUGCCAGGCCGCCCCCUUUGGCUGGGGUUCAGUUUCCAGGCCUAGGGUUGAGUAGAGACAGUGCAGAUGUGGUGAGGGAGUAUCUGGGGGAGGGGAGUGGCCCCAUUGGCCAGCCCAGGUUGAAGCCUAGCAGCACGGAUGAGAUGUUUUGGCGCAGUGUUUCGGAGGAUGGCCUGACGAGAUGGCAGACCCCUUCUUCCAAUGGUCCUGUUCCUGUAUAUAUUAUGCUGCCUCUGGACUCCAUAACCAUGUCUAACACAGUCAACAGACCACGGGCACUGCGAGCGAGUCUCAUAGCCCUGAAGAGCGCGGGGGUUGAGGGCGUCAUGGUGGACGUCUGGUGGGGCAUUGUGGAGGGAGAGACUCCGAAAGAGUACCGGUGGUCAGCUUACCGCGAGCUGUUCGCUCUGGUCAAGGAGUCGGGGUUGAAGCUGCAAGCGGUGAUGUCGUUCCAUGCCUGUGGGGGCAAUGUCGGGGACCACGUCCAGAUCCCGCUUCCUGAGUGGAUCCAAGAUUGCAUUGACGACAACCCGGAUCUGGUGUACACGGAUCAGAUGGGGCGGAGGAAUUCUGAGUACCUGUCCUUGGGAGUGGACACGUGGGCGCUGCUGAGGGGGCGAACGCCCAUUCAGUGCUACCAUGACUUCAUGAGGAGCUUCAAGGACGAGUUUACGGACUACCUGGGGGAGACCAUCACGGAGAUCCAGAUUGGCCUUGGCCCUGCUGGCGAGCUGCGCUACCCGUCCUACCCCGAGAGCAGCGAAAUGUGGCGCUUCCCCGGCAUCGGCGAGUUCCAGUGCUAUGACAAGUACAUGCUUGCAAACCUGCGUGCCUGCGCGGAAACCAUCCAGAAACCCCAGUGGGGCCAGAGCGGUCCGCAUGACGCCGGGCGGUACAACGGGUGGCCGGAUGAGACCGGUUUCUUCCACGAGCAUGGGUCCUGGAACUCCCCCUACGGACGGUUCUUUCUGCAGUGGUACUCGGACUCGCUGAUUUUGCAUGGGGACCGGGUUCUGGGGCGGGCGGCGGCGGUGUUCAGGGGCACCGGGACAACGAUCGCGGCUAAGAUUGCGGGGAUCCAUUGGCACUACAAGACGUGGUCGCACGCUGCAGAGCUGACGAGCGGUUACUACAACACGGUGUUCCGGGACGGCUAUGUCAAGAUUGCGCGCAUGUUUGCGCGGCACGGGGCGACGCUCAACUUCACGUGCAUCGAGAUGCAGGACAUUGAGCAGCCCCCGUAUGCGGCGUGUUCCCCUGAGGGGCUGUACCGGCAGUUGGUGACGGCGGCUGUUCAGGCGGGGACACGAUUGUCGGGAGAGAAUGCGCUGCCCCGAUUUGACGAGGCGGCGUUCGAGCAGGUGGUGCAAAAGUCCCGGCUGCGAGUCGAGGGCGUGCCAACACACGAGCCGAUGCACUCCUUCACGUUUUUGCGGAUGAGCGAGCGGCUGUUCCGGCCUGAGAACUGGCGCAACUUCGUGGUGUUUGUGCGCAACAUGAAGCACGGUUUCAGUCACUCGACGUGGCAGCAGCAAACGGUGCAGACGCCGCAGCAGGCCCUGGUUAGUGGUGGGUUCAUUGAACAUGAGCAGGCAGCCACGGCAGAGUUGCUGCUGAGUUAGGCUAUUCACAGCCAACCUUAGAGCUGCUCCUAUCCAGAAGCAAGCGUAGAGCUCCUACCCGGAACGAAUUUUAGACAUCACAUUGAUGUGGUAGAGAAGCCGUUUUGUCAGCCUCUCAUUGAGUGGCGGUCUGUUGUUUGUGGAGAGUGAGCGCAGGUGUCGUUGCUCAGUGUCCUGAGUCGACAGGUGUUCAAAAGCGCGGUACAGGUUAGCAUAUAGGGAUGUAUAUAACUAAGGAUAGAGACAAGGAGAGAUGCAAGCCCAUUGCUUGUUGUACUUUAGGAUAGACAGGUCAGAGUCUGAGUCUCAAGUAUAGGAAGCUUGAGGUAUCCUCGAGUUUCUCGUCCGUUGAUCUGCUCCAUGUGCUCCACGGCCAUGGUGGCUAAGGGCGUUAAUAAAUUGGAAGUUACCAUCUGCAAACAAACAUUGUCUCCAAUGCAAUCAAAUUGAUUAUGGUUUCUGCGCAU